CCUCUUUCUUGGGAUCUCCGCUUUCUUCCACCCAGCCCAUUUGAGCGUCAACAUAACGCAGGGAAGCAUAUCCUACAACCGUUCCACCACUCGGCUCGCCACAGAGAUCCAAGACAAGCCCUGACAGCGACCUAAGGUCCUCAACAUCUCGCGGAUUUGCACUGGACGCGUCCGCUUCGCCUUCGCUGUCUCCGACAAAACGCGCUGCUUGCACCACUAGCGACAUGGCCGAUCCGUCCCACGAGAACGAGCCCAUUCUGCGGCCCAACCCGCAGCGGUUCUGCAUGUUCCCCAUCAAGUACAACGAGGUCUGGGAGUACUACAAGAAGGCCGAAGCCAGCUUCUGGACCGCGGAGGAGGUGGAUCUGUCGCAGGACGUGCAGCACUGGGAGGGGCUGACGCCCGACGAGCGGCACUUCAUCCUCAUGGUGCUCGCCUUCUUCGCCGCGUCCGACGGCAUCGUGCUCGAGAACCUCGCCGUGCGAUUCAUGAAGGAGAUCCAGAUCCCCGAGGCCAGAGCGUUCUACGGCUUCCAAAUCGCGAUCGAGAAUAUUCACUCAGAGAUGUACAGUCUGCUACUGGAGACGUACAUCAAGGACCCCGACGAGAAGGACCGGCUGUUCCGCGCCAUCGAGACGGUGCCAUGCGUGCAGAAGAAGGCCGAGUGGACCACACGCUGGAUCGACGGCGACGCCAGCAAGACGACCUUUGCGGAGCGCAUAGUGGCCUUCGCGUGUGUGGAAGGCAUCUUCUUCUCGGGCAGUUUCUGCGCCAUAUUCUGGCUGAAGAAGCGCGGGCUGCUGCCCGGGCUGACGUUUUCCAACGAGCUCAUCUCCCGGGACGAGGGGCUGCACACUGACUUCGGCUGCCUCAUCUACUCCCUGCUGGAGAGCAAGCUGUCGGAGGAGCGCAUCAAGGAGAUCCUGUGCGACGCGGUGGCCAUUGAGGAGGAGUUCAUCCGGGACGCGCUGCCCGUGGACCUGGUGGGGAUGAACGCCGUGCUCAUGUGCCAGUACAUUGAGUUCGUCGCCGACCACCUGCUGAUCGCGCUGGGGUGCAGCAAGCAGUACAACGCCACCAACCCCUUCGACUGGAUGGAGCUCAUCUCGCUGCAGGGCAAGACGAAUUUCUUUGAGAAGCGUGUGGGCGACUACCAGAAGGCGUCAGUCAUGGCUGGGCUCAAUGGCGCGCCGGGGCAGGGCAGAGUCUUCAGCACCGACGAGGACUUCUGAGGGGAAAGGCAGACAUGUUUCCCUUGACAUGGGACAAACGCCAUUCGAGAGUUAAUGGUAGAAUAACCAUGGUCAACUAAAAACGAGAAUGGCUGGGGGACUAGUGUAAGCUGGCUGGAGCAAGUGGGAGUAGCGAGCUCAAGUAUUGCUGGACAGGGUCUGGUAAAGGCUUGUUUAUUGUAUUAUGAUUGUCGACACGAUAUUUGUUUUCACGUCACAAUUCUCCCUUCA